CAACCCGAAAAGUCGAAAAGCUUAUCCACAAGUUCAGGAAGGAGUGUAUUUUCUAACAAAGUUUAGAGAAAAGCACGUUGGUAGCUAGCAUGGCUCUGGAGAAGUGUUUAGGAGUAACCACAGUGCGCACAGCCACACCCCAAUGCCUUUCUCCGUGUUUUCCAACUUCAAGGGAAAAGCUGGUUUUCCCAACUCACAGAGGUUUCAAGAAAUCCAUGCCAAACACAAAACUCUCAUACCAAUCUCUCUAUUCAACCUACCGAAAAUCCCGUUUUGUUUGUAAUGCUCGUGAAGCGGUAAAUGAAGUGAAAGUGGUGACUGACUCAAGCUGGGGAACACUUGUGAUAGCCAAUGAAACCCCUGUUCUGGUAGAAUUUUGGGCACCAUGGUGUGGUCCGUGCAGGAUGAUAGCACCUGUUAUCGAUGAGUUAGCGAAGCAAUAUGGUGACAAAAUUGCAUGCUACAAGCUUAACACAGAUGACUCCCCAAACAUAGCAACUCAGUACGGCAUCAGAAGCAUACCAACAGUUCUGUUCUUCAAGAAUGGAGAGAAAAAAGAAAGCAUAAUUGGUGCAGUUCCCAAGUCUACACUGUCAGCGACAAUUGAAAAAUACAUUGAUUCAUAAGCUGGGAGUGACAAAUAAUGGCAAGCAUUACAAUGUCAAAAAUGAAAGGACUGUAAAGGGAGAAGUGAUGAUAGUCACAUUGCAAAUUUCAUUCUCUUUCAUUUUUUUUCCCUGCCAUAUAAGGCAAUAGAUAGUGUCUGUUUAUAUGUUCAAGAACCAUCUUUUCAUCAGUGGCAUGACACUUUCAAGUAAUACUUGUACUCUUUUUUUUCAUUUUGUAAAGGUUACAUUGGAUAAACAGACCUCAUUCGAUGUUUGAAUGUUGAUUACUUCCCCGUGCUUAGGAACUUCAAA